AUGCCUUCUUCUGAAACCCCCGAAAAGUCAACCGACGGGCCCAGUCGCCGAAAGAGCGCCUCGAUGGGGAACUUCGGCAACGAAAACGUAGACCGCUCUGAGGAAAUCGUUCUCACCAAAAAGCAAAAGCGUCUCCAGCGACGUGAGAAUCUUCGCCUCCAGGCCGAAGUAGCUCCAUUCCUGGGAAUGGAGCUCGAUGACGAGGAUACGGAGGAAAAGGGAGAGACCAAGACCGAGGAAAAGGUCGAGGAAGAAAAGAAGGAGGAGAAGAACGACAAGAAUGUGAUCGGCUCGCCUCUCGAUACGAUUCCUGAAAUCGACGAGAGUGCCCUCGAUGACAAGGCCGUAACAAACGGUCUUCGCCCUGACGACUUCAAGGCGCCACCGCCAGGGGAAUCAGAGUUCCCUGGCCAAACAGACAAGUUGUGGACACGACGCGCCAUGGGACUUUCUAUUCGCAACUCGAUUAGAAACUCGAUGGCUUCUAGAUGCUCUUAG